AAUUUCGGGAUUCCUAUCGGGGCGGAAGGAAACAGCCUUUCGUCACUCUGUGCCUCCCUCAAUGCGGUGGCUGCGGCCGUGACACGGCAGGGUUGGGAUUCCCAGCCCCCGGGCGAGGUUGCAAGGAUGCACAAAUUGCGGGCAACUUCCUAAUUCCCACUCUUCGCCUGCAAACUUCUGCUUGUUUGGAGACACGGCUGCGUUCGCCCAGCAUGCUAAACCUGGGUCUGGACUAAGCCGUUCCUUGUGCAUGGGGGCAGAAUGGGCUGCACAGAAUCCAAAUUCAAUAUUCUCCCAGGAAAUGGGAAGCAGAGACAGAACUCAAACUCGACUCUGGAUGUUCGUUAUACCAGUGAACCCACCAUUCUCUGCAAAGGAGCCAGAGUAUCCAAGAUCCCACAGACGGAUGAGGAUUUCAUCGCCUUGGCCCUGUACGACUAUGAAGCCAUUCACAAGGAGGACCUCAGUUUCCAGAAAGGCGAUCAUCUCCAGAUCCUAGAGAAGUCAGGAGAGUGGUGGCGAGCCAAGGCCCUUUCAACGGGCAAAGUGGGCUUCAUUCCCAGCAAUUAUGUGGCCAAGGCCAACUCACUGGAGACCGAAGAGUGGUUCAUGACAGGUAUCAGCCGGAAGGAUGCUGAGCGUCACCUCUUGGCUCCAGGAAACUUUAUCGGCUCGUUCAUGAUCCGGGACAGUGAAACAACUAAAGGGAGUUACUCCCUCUCCGUAAGAGACUUCGAUUCCCAGAACAAAAUGGAGGUGGUCAAACACUACAAGAUUCGAACUGUGGACAACGGGGGUUUCUACAUCUCCACCCGGAGAAACUUCCGCACUCUGCAGGAACUGGUCAGCCAUUACCAAGGCCAAGCCGAUGGGUUGUGCCAGAAGCUGACCCACCCCUGCGUGUUGCCGAAACCCGAAAAACCCUGGGAGAAGGAUGCCUGGGAAAUCCCCAGAAGCUCCCUGAAACUGGAGAAGAAGCUGGGAGCCGGACAGUUUGGAGAAGUCUGGAUGGCCGUCUAUAACGCACACACGAAAGUGGCGGUGAAGACCAUGAAGCCGGGCAGCAUGACGGUCAAGGCCUUCCUUGAAGAGGCCAACAUCAUGAAGACCCUCCAGCACGACAAGCUGGUCAGGCUCCAUGCGGUGGUGACCAAGGAGGAGCCCAUUUUCAUCAUCACCGAAUUCAUGGAGAAAGGCAGCUUGCUGGAUUUCUUGAAAAGUGAGGAAGGCCAGGAGCAGCCUUUUCCCAAGCUGAUCGACUUCUCUGCCCAGGUGGCGGAAGGCAUGGCCUUCAUUGAGCACAGGAACUACAUCCAUCGUGACCUCAGAGCCGCUAACAUCUUGGUGUCGGCCGUCCUGGUGUGCAAGAUUGCGGACUUUGGCUUGGCCCGUGUGAUCGAGGACAACGAGUACACCGCUCGGGAAGGCGCCAAGUUCCCCAUCAAGUGGACGGCCCCCGAAGCCAUCAACUAUGGGUCCUUCACCAUAAAGUCCGAUGUGUGGUCCUUCGGCAUCUUGCUGAUGGAGAUCAUCACCUAUGGGCGGACCCCGUAUCCAGGGAGGACAAACCUGGAAGUGAUGCGCGCUCUCGAGCGUGGCUACCGGAUGCCACGUCCCCAGGGCUGCCCGCAGGAGCUCUACGAGAUCAUGAUGAGAUGUUGGAAGGAGAAACCGGAGGAUCGGCCCACCUUUGAGUACAUCCAGAGCAUCCUGGAGGACUUUUUCACCGGCACGGAAAAGCAGUACCAACAACAGCCUUAGAAAGGACGCGUGGCCACACCGGCGUUGCCAGCGUGCUGCUGUCGCAGGAGGCCACGGAGGUGGAAGUUUUCGGCGUGGAGAAUCUGUGGUUUAGAGGCCAGAGACUUUUUUUCCUGCCUGCAAAUGUGGCUCAUAGACUGGCUCGCAAGCCCAGUUGGAUUAGGAACUGAAUUAUGCCAUGCCUUUGCUCUUCGCUGCAAACGAAUCAGACUGCAGUCAGCAGAAACCGCUUCAAAAAAUGGAAGAGAUUUUAUCCUAAUGGCUGUUGCGAAGCCGCAGUAUUAUGGUGGAAGUUAGUUCCUGGGAUGUGUGUGUGUCACGGAACGCGUGUGUCCAUACGAGAGAAAUUGUGUGUGUGUGUGUGUAUAUGAGGGAGGGAGGGAGAAAGAGAGAGAGAGAGAGAGAGAGAGAGAUUUAGAUAAUAUAGAGAUGAACGAUAAAUGAUAGAGAUGAUAGAGAGAGGG